AAACGGCGCUUUCCUCUCCUUCCUCCCAACUCCGGGCUUGUUUUUCUUUCUUUUCCUUUCCUCUCCCGUUCCCUUUCUCCCUGGAAGCCGGGCAGAGACUGUCGGGACUGUGAGCGGCAGCCGGCGCCACUCGGAGGGAAUCAGCUGGAGCGCAGGUCUCGGCUGCGCGCUGCGUCUGGGUUUUGCGGAGCGGCAUUUUUGCGGCGCGCGCGCGCAGCUUCUCGUGGAGAGGUGGAAUAAAACGCGGACGCUUCAAGUUCUCCUGGAAGUUGCGCAGCGACAGAGGAAGAGAUGGGGAUUAGCGGCUGUCUGGCGGCGCCCGGGAAAUGCCUCGUCGUGCUCGGACUUAAAUUGUUAUUCCUUGUACCUGCAGGAGUUCCGGCGCGGAGCGGAGACUCGGUGCUAAAGGACAACAUCACCGUGAGACAGGGGGACAGCGCCGUCCUCAAGUGCAAUGUGGACAGCAAAGUGUCUCGGGUGGCGUGGCUGAACCGGACCACCAUCCUGUUCGCCGGCAGCGAGAAGUGGUCCCUGGACCCCCGGGUGGUGCUGAUGGAGAACACGGCCGUCACGGAGUACAGCAUCAAGAUCCAGAACGUGGACGUCCACGACGAGGGGCCCUACGUCUGCUCCAUCCUCACCAACAAGAAGCCAAAAUCCACGAGAGUGCAUCUCAUCGUCCAAGUUCCCGCCCGGAUCACCAACAUCUCGGCCGACGUGACGGUGAACGAGGGCAGCAGCGUCAACCUCAUGUGUCUGGCGGUGGGCCGGCCCGAGCCCAGCGUCAUGUGGAAGCACCACUCGCCACGAGGAACCUAUAAAUUUGUGACGGAGGGUGAAAACCUGGAGCUGACGGCCAUCACCAAAGAGCAGUCCGGGUCGUACAACUGCAUCGCCUCCAACGACGUCUCCAACCCCGACCUCAGGACCGUGCAAGUCACCGUCAACUACCCCCCCUUCAUCUCCAAGGCCAGGAGUACCGGGACCCCGGUGGGACAGAGAGGCGUCCUGCAGUGCGAGGCCUCGGCCGUCCCCAGGGCCGACUUUGAGUGGUACAAAGAAGACCGCAGGCUCCUCAACGGACUCAACGGGGUCAAGAUCGAGAACCAGGGUCGACAGUCGCUGCUCAUCUUCUUCAACGUCUCCGAGGAAGACUACGGGAACUACACCUGCGUCGCCAUGAACGCCAUGGGAAUCACCAACGCCAGCAUCAUCCUCUAUGGUCCCGGGGCCAUGCACGACGUGAACGGCGCCGCCGUGCUGCCCCACUGCUCCACCUGCCUUCUGAUGACCGUCACCUCACUCUACCUGGUCAAGUUCUGAUGGAGACCCCCCCGACCCCCCACAGCCCCCCUCCCCCACCUCCGCUCCAAGCUUCUCUCAGCACCGAACGGCAAGAACAGACAUUUAGUGCCAGAAGAAGAAUGAAGUUCCGGAUUGGCCGUGGUUGAAACUUGGUUUUCUUUUGGUUUCCCUCUUCCCUUUCCUCCUCCUUCUUCUUCUCUCUGGCUUUGUUUGGAGUCUGUUCUCCUUUAGCUCGCUGAGAGCGAGAGGCUUCGACCGCGGAAGGAAAACAUGUGAUCAUGCACUAAUCUGAUGAUGGUAGAACUACUGAGUUUGUGUAUGCCCGAACCUUUUGUAUGUGGAAAUGAAAAAAGAGAAAAAAACAAAGAAAAAAAUACAUGUAACUGUUGAUAGUUGACUGUUUAUUGCCCAAUAUUGAAGUGUACAUUCAGAUUAUUAUCGUGUCACGUCCUGUUCGAUAUCUGUACAAAACCAUGAAGCUUUUUUAAGGAAAUGACAAAAAAAAAGGGAAAAAAUGCAACGUGAUUGUUGAAUUUUACUGUAUUUUUACAGUCGUAUGCAAACCAGAGAAACUGAUCCUCCACAGAAACACUCCGCGUCAAUAAAACAGUCGUCAUGAUUUCUCAGGCAGGGUCCUCCAGCAGCCACACCGUCACUCCACCGUAGUGUAGAGGUUGUACAGACGUGUACAGAAGAUUCUUGCACUGUUGUUCUUUUCUCUAUUCGUCUUUUUUUAAUGCAUCAAACGGUGUUUCUGAGGUCGGAGGUCAGAGUGGCAGCAGCUCCACCCAGUGGGGGGAGGGGGGAUUAGCAGCUCGCCUCCCGCUGAAGCGCCGCCGCUCAUUUAGAGGAGAAGAUUGAAUUUGGGAACUGCUUUCUGCACGGCUCGUGAUGUUUCCUUUGUAUUUUUACAAUCUUGUUUUCAAGCAGCAGUUUGG